AUGACAGCCAUUUAUAACUGUCUCAGGCCCCCAACGCUGCGGUGUGGGGGCCCCGCCAUCGCCACCGGCACGAGGGUCUUUGGAACAGCACUGCAGAUCCGGUCCAGGCAAGUCCUCCUGAUCGUGAAGUCUCAGAGAGGCCUCCAGGAGCCCGAGUGUGGGGGUUAUAUGAGUGGAACAGCUGGGGUUUGGGGAGUGGGCCCUGUGGUCGGACAGAGGUACAGUUUGCAUACAGAGAGCACACGCUGGGACAGGAGCCAGGAGAGCGCCGGUCGACUGAGCAGUGAGCGCACUUCCCAUGAUGCCACGCUGCACCGGGCCUUGGGCUAA